UUCCCAUCCUCCUUGCUUUCAAUCUUUCUCCUCAUCUUGUGCAAGUACACUCUUCCUUUCUCGUGGACUCUAGUGACGGAAAGAGUCUUCGUCUCAUCAUGCUUCCCCCCUUCGAUUACUUCACAUACCGUCGCCUCCGGGAUUUCAAGCGGAGGGAGCGAGCAGCAAGAUUCGCAUCACUGCCGGCAGAAUAUCACGCCCCUUUCACAGCGAUCGAUAAGGUUAUCAUCAACAAACCGAUACAAGAGCUGGUGGAUGAGGUGCACGCGGAAUCCGUAUCACCCCUCGAUGUUCUCCGCACCUACGGCAAAGUAGCCGUCAAGGCCCAUGAGAAGACCAACUGCGUGACAGAACUGCUUCUGCCCGAAGCUGAAUCAUGGGUCCAGUCGGAAGUCAACCUCCAAGGACCAUUGGCGGGAAUUCCCGUCUCUCUGAAGGAUUCGCUGCAGAUUAAAGGGUUUGAUACCACCCUGGGAUACACCAAGUACGCGUGCAAGCCAUACAAGGAAGAUGGACCGAUGACCAAGCUUUUGAAAGACGCUGGGGCUGUGCCUUACGCCAAGACCGCGUUGCCCGUGACCCUGUUGUCCUUUGAGUCAGCCAACGCUCUUUGGGGCCCGUGCCUCAACCCUCAUGUUCCCGACUACUCUCCUGGCGGUUCCACGGGGGGCGAAGGUGCUUUGUUGGCGUUGGGCGGCCGCAUCGGUAUCGGAUCUGAUGUUGCCGGGUCUGUUCGAGUCCCGGCGGCCUGGAGCGGUAUUUAUUCCCUGCGCUGCAGUACUGGCCGGUGGCCGAAGGUUGGCGUUCACACCAGCAUGGCCGGCCAAGAAGGCAUUCCCAGUGUCUUCAGUCCCAUGGCUAGGACCUUGAAUGACCUGACUUACUUUACAAAAGCUAUUGUGGGGAUGGAGCCAUGGAAGUAUGAUUACACGGUUCAUCCCAUCUAUUGGCGGGAGAAGGAGGAGGAGGAGGCCCAGACUAAGAAGCUUCGAAUCGGAUUGAUGACUAGCGAUGGCGUCAUUCCCCCUACCCCGGCCAUUGCGCGUGCCCUGUCGACGACAACCGCUGCUCUUGUUGCGGCCGGCCACACAGUUUCGGAGAUUAAGCCACCAGUCACGGCAGACCCGUUCACAGGGCUUCAUCUAGCCUCGCAGCUUCUGAACUCUGAUGGUUGCGUCACCUUCAACUCGCAUCUGCACAGUUUCGAACCCUCCGACCCGGGCGCAGAUCAACUUACCCGGAUUUCUAACUUGCCCCGUCCUCUGCGGUACCUUUACUACCUCUGGGUGCGCUACAUCCGCCGCGACGUCCAGUGGGCUAAAUUGAUUCGUACCUUUGGCCCCAAAUCGGCAGCCGAGCUCUGGAAGCUCACCGCGCAGCGCGAAUCCUUCCGUGCCACCUGGCACGCCUGGUGGGAUGGCGCGACACAGCAGUACGACUUCAUCUUGUGCUCUGUAAACGCCACCCCGGCUCUACCGCACAAAGCCAUGCACGAUGCGGUGUCAUCUUGUGGAUACACCUUCCUCUGGAACCUAUUGGACUAUACGGCGGGUGUUAUGCCUGUGUCGCAUGUCGAUGCGAAAAAGGAUGCUCUACCGGGACCGUACAAGAAGGUUCUCAAGCAGCUGGGAGCUGACGGCGCACUCUCUCGCGGGGCUUGGAAGCACUACGAUGCUACCAAGAUGGCAGGAUUGCCGACGGCGGUGCAGGUAGUCGGUCGGCGCUGGCAGGAGGAGAAGGUACUUGGGUAUAUGGCGGCGGUUGAGGCGGCGCUGGACCAGUAUCAGGAUCCUUUGACCGGCGAGGGCGGACGAUACCCCUUGAUCGAGCUGGACUGAGUUUCCGGUGUUUGGUUUCAUGUUUUAGAGAGCCUAUCUGUGAAUUGCUGGAUCUCAUUCAAGACCUCGUUGUACUUAUUCCUGUUGUAGAGCGAACCACAGGAUGGGCGAUUUUCUUCUGCUUUACGCACCUACGAAUCCUUGCAUGCUCCUUGGCAUGUACCGAAAACUGGCUGAGUAGAUCUUGUGGCUUGUCGUACA